AUGAGCAAGUCCCUCCUGCUGGGAGUCCCCAUCCUGCUCUGCUGCUUUGGAGACAUUAUUCAGUGUCGGAUGUGUCACUUCCAGUUUCCAAGAAAGAAGUGUUUGCGGGGCAGAGGAAUAUGUAGAGCAACAGAGGAUGAGGUUUGUGCAACUGUGAAGAUUUUCAAUGAUGAUGGUACUCCAUGGUUAACCUUCAUGGGCUGCUUAAAGAACUGUGCUAAUGUGAACAGCAUAAAGUGGAAAACCUAUUUGGUGAACUUCCGGUGCUGCAGAGGCUAUGACCGGUGUAAUGAAUACCUCUAA